AGGAGGUAAGCUUCGAUCUCGCGGUUCUUUUCAUCACGCUCUCUCUCUUCGGUUCUCAGAUCCGUAAACAAUUCGAAGAGCGAGGGUUUAGUUUCUCGAUCCGAGCGUUUUCUUGCUCGGAUUCAUCGAUCCGUACAAGAUGACGAGAGAUCAAGAGAGCUGGAUUCUCAUGGCGACAGCGAGAGCUCCGACGAACAUCGCCGUGAUCAAAUACUGGGGAAAACGUGACGAAACCCUAAUUCUACCUAUCAACGACAGCAUCAGCGUCACUCUCGAUCCCGAUCAUCUCUCGGCGACCACGACAGUCGCCGUCCUAGAUUCGAGAGCGAUCGCAUGCGGUUGAAUGGAAAGGAAAUUGAAUGUGAGGGCUGAAGAUUUUGAGGAUGAGAAGGAGGAGGUUAAGAUCAAGAAAGAAGAUCGGGGGAGAUUGAAUGUGCACAUUGCAUCGUAUAAUAAUUUUCCUACCGCGGCUGGAUUGGCUUCAUCAGCAGCGGGUUUUGCUUGUCUUGUGUAUUCCCUCGCCAAGCUAAUGAAUGUGAAGGAUGAUUUUGGCCCUCUUUCUGCUAUUGCAAGGCAAGGUUCAAGUAGUGCAUGCCGAAGUCUAUAUGGUGGUUUUGUCAAGUGGAAAAUGGGAAAUGAUGCAAAUGGGAGCGAAAGCUUAGAAGUACAACUUACUAAUGAUAGACACUGGGAAGACCUAGUUAUUAUCAUAGCCGUGGUAAGUUCAAGGCAGAAAGAAACUAGUAGUACCACGGGUAGGCGUGAGAGUGUUAAGACCCGUACUCUUUUACGACACCGGGCCGAGGAAAACCAGCCUUGUGGAGAGAUGGAACCGUUCUGAAGGAACACCUCAGGACCAAUCCAAAACGUUCAUCAGGCGGCAUGCACCUUUGAUGCCGGGCCAAAUGCUGUUUUGAUCGCACCUAAUCGAAAACUCGCUUCUCUUUUGCUUCAAAGACCUCCUGACGCUGAAUUGAACAGAGCUGUGUGUUAGGAGACGAGUCAAUACUGCAUGAAGCUGGAGUGCAAUCAGUGAAAGAUACUGAAUCCUUGCAGCCUCCUUCUGAGACAAAGGAUAAGUCCCCAGCUCAAAGAUCUGCAGGAAGGAGGUUGUUGGCUGCCAACCUACAAACCAUGCAAAAAGGGAAUACUGUUGUGUGGGGGACUACUUUCAGGCCCAGCUAUCUGAUUAAAUGGGCUGUAGGAUUGCUUUAGCCCUUGACACGAUCAAGCUCCCACCCAAAAUCAACUGGUUUGGGUCUAGAUAUUUUAAGGCCAAUACAAAGUCAUAUAGGGAAAAGGAGAUGGUGACACCUAAAGACUAUACUAAUAGACAUUAGUGUUAUUUACAUCAUGAAUCUUGAAACGACACUCUCUUCACCACACAAGGCUAAAUGACGCUUAUAUGACUUAUUGUUUGAACUAUUUUUCACUUCUAAACCCUAACUUUUAUUUGGGAGGAAAUUUUUUUUUUAAA